AGACAGCGGGGGCGGCAGGGGCGUUGUGACCGAACGAGAGCGAGGGUGAAGGAGCAGGGAGCGGCAGCAGCGGAAAGAGGGAGAAAGAGACAGGAUGGGUUGGAAGGCAGCCCAAAAGCUUAUACAGAACUGGAAAAUCCUCAGGGGAGAUAAUGUGAUGGUAAUCCGAGGCAAAGAUAAAGGCAGGACAGGAGUCAUCAAGCGGGUGGUUCGGUCACAGAAUAGGGUGAUAGUGGAAGGCCUGAAUCUGGUCAAGAAGCACGUCAAGCAAGGACAGGGGCAUGAAGGUGGAAUUUUUACAGUAGAAGCCCCACUUCAUGUAUCAAACGUUCAAAUAUUGGACCCAGUUACAAAUAAACCAUGUAAGAUUGGAAUCAGAUAUCUAGAAGACGGAUCCAAAGUAAGGAUUUCUAGAGGUAUUGGCACAUCAGGUUCGAUAAUACCUCGUCCUGAAAUCUUAAAGGUUCGGACUACACCAAGACCGAAUAUAGUUGGGCCCAAGGAUACACCUUUGGAACUUGUCAUGGAGAAGACAUACGAUGCUGGAACCGGAAGGGGUAUGCCUGAUCUUUGAGAAUGUGGCCGUGUAAGCUCUGGUGCAUGCUUGGAGUUUGUAUCAAAAUUGAAGCCCUGUCACUAAUGCUUCUAUAAAGGCACUACUAGUUCUAUGCUUCUUAUUUUUUGUCAACAAUGAUUAUGCAUCAUAAUUAGCCCUCUUAUAUUUUCUUCCACACGCUUUGUAGCUCACUAGUAUUGAGAUUGAUCACUGAGCAGCAUUGGCACAAAUUAGUAACAGUAACACAGGCAUGUGCACAUGAAAA